AUGAUUCUUGAAAUCCUUGCUUUUGUAGGGGUGGUAGUAGGAUUUGUGUUCUUGGUGUUAGCAAUUGCUUCAGGACUUUACUAUAUAUCAGAGUUAGUUGAAGAACAUACGGAACCAACUAAAAGAUUCCUUCGAAGAUUGAUUCAAUCAAUCAUCGUGAUAUUUGCACUUUUAUGGUUAGUUGAUGGUUUACCUUUCUUGUUAACAGCAUUUUCAAUAUUUUCUUAUUAUGUUUACCUUUUGAACUUACACAGAUUCCCUUACGUUCAAUUGAGUUCACCAAUAUUCUUAGUUUCAUGUUGUUUAGUGGUUGCUAAUCAUUUCUUCUGGUUCAAUCAUUUCCAUAACCCAACAAUUCCACCAUUAGAAGUCCGUCUUAAACCAGGUUAUAAUCCUCCUAAGAUCCCAUCAUUUACUGAGAUCUGCGCUUUCUUUGGUUUAUUAGUGUGGUUUGUUCCUUUUGCUUUAUUCGUAAGUUUGAGUGCUAGUGAUAACAUCAUUCCACAUCAUAUUGAAGCUACUGAUGGUAAGAAAAAGAACAAUGGUUUAGCUAAGGUUGUAGUGGCCACUGUUAGAGAAAGAAUAUAUGCUAUAAGCAGAAAGUUGGGAUACGAAUUGGAUCCUCAUCAUGGUUCACUUAUGUAA